CUUCCCUGUCGAAGUACCCUCCAGCGCUUUAUGGGCUCAUCACGUGGAGAAGUUGGCAUGACCGAACUCGUGAAGCAAAGGCUGUCUGCAGAACUCGCUUCUCAUCCCUCGUUGCAUGUGAGUGCAUGCUCUUUAAUUGUAGACGAAAUGCGCGUCAAACAACGGCUACUGUAUCACAAGCAAAGAGAUGCCUUCAUCGGCGAAGUGGACUAUGGUGUGAACUUCCCCAAAGAAACAACAAAUGAGCCUGUGCUGGCCAACUCACUCUUGUGUUUCGUCCUUAACGGCCUUUCAGUUUCGUUCAAAAUACCUGUGGCGUACUUUUUCGCGAGAAACUGCACUGGCCGUGAGCUGCACAUGCUCAUAAGACACGUUCUGAAGGAAGUUGAAGAAAUAUGAUUUUUCGUCGUGCGCAUUGUCACAGACAACCACAAGAUCAAUGUCUUGGCUAUGCAACUUCUGUGCAACGGAAGCCUCAAGCAUUGCAUUGACCACCCAGGCAAACCGAAUCGAAAGCUCUUUCUUGCAUUCGAUCAGUGCCACCUGAUCAAAAACGUGCGAUCACAGUUUUUGUCCCGUGACAUCGGAAAAGGCGGCGAAAUAGCAGCGAACCACUUGAAGAGCCUCUACAGAAUGCAGCAAGGCAGCCUUGUAAAGCCAGUACGAUUUUUGACGAGAAAGCACGUAUUCCCUACGAAUAUGGAAAAAAUGAACGUGCAGAGAGCAGUGCAAGUUUUUUCUCCUCCCGUGACAGCUGCAAUGAAGCUCUUGCAAGAGCAGGUGGGCCACACGUGCGACGCAAGCUUCGCGGGUGUCGGACCGACGGUGCAAUUUAUGGACACCGUGCACCGCUGGUUCGUGCUCAUGGACGUGAGUAAUUGUACCCAGCACAUACAUCAGAAGAAUGCGGGCUGCAAGCAGUUUGAAUCUGCAGGCGAUGAACGGCUAAUCUGGCUGGAGACAAGCUUCCUCGACUACCUGGCUGAUCUCAAAAGUCAGUGCCUGGCAAAGAACUUUCUAACCAAAGAGACUUAUGAGGGUCUUGUGAUCACAACUCGUUCGAACGUUGAGUGCAUUAGAUAUCUUCUUGAAGAGAUGUCUUUUCACUUCGUUUUGACGAGGAAAAUGUUAUCGGACCCAAUCGAGUCGUUCUUUGGCUGGCUGAGGAAAUCAGCAGGAUCAAAUGACCAAACGGACGUCCACGCCGUGCUCACAGGCAUUGGGAAAACCCUCAAGACCGGUAUCGCAUCGGCGUCGAGUACAAGCAACAUAAUGGCAGCAGAAGAGAGUGAUUGCUUGUCAACGCUGCCGCAACAGAAAAACACAAGGGAGCAAACCAGCGAGGAAUUCCCUGCAGAUGCACGUAGAGAGCUCAUAGAGCGACUAAACCGAGAUAAGUCUCUACUUCCCGCUCCAGAUGUGGCCGCAUUGGCUAUGGUUGGUGGCUACCUCGCAAGAGCCGUACGAGAAAACUUCGAAUGUGUGGAGUGCUACGCGCUCUUAACAAAGCCAAACGCAUCGACACCAUCGGACUCGCUCAUUAAACACCAAGACCGCGGUGGACUUCUUUACCCGUCCGCACAACUUCUAGAUGUUCUCUACGCACUACAGAAGUUCGUCGAAGUUCUUCUAGCAAGAAGAAGGCGUAUGGAUCACCCUCUAAAGGAGGCUGUGAACAAUGCUACCGAAAUCCUCCGCGAGCACAAAGCUUUGAUGUGUUCGAAGCCAGGGCACCAAGAGAAUUUGCUCAAAUUGUUGCUUACGAAGUUCUUUCGCCCAAUAUUCACCAAUUUCGCUCUGAAAGCGACAGACGAACAAGACGUCGCCAAAGUGUUCGCAAUAAAGCCGCUGUCACGAAAGACCCUGAAACUGUGAGCUUGAUCUCACAGCUGGGGGCCUAAGUGAAAGGUCCAGUUUUCACAAUAUGUCUCGUGUUGCUUGCUUUCAAUGUAC